AUGGCUCCCGUCACGGCUCGCCGCGCAGAAGCACGGAAGAUGAAAGCAGCAAGACUGCGCGAGGAAGCAAACCUAGUGAAGUCGUCAGAAACUGUGAAACAAACAGAUGAUCCAUCGAAGCCGACGUGUUUCUUUGAUGAAUCACUUCUAGCAUGCGAUAUAUGUCUGGAGAUUAUGCACAAUGCGAUGAAUGUCUCUCCUUGUAAUCAUAAGUUCUGUGCUGGUUGUAUAUACGAAUGGAAUUCGUUGAAUACAAAAUGCCCAAAGUGCCGUUGGAGCGCCGCUGAUAUCACACGCGAUGCCACUUUAAACUCAAUAAUAGAGCAGUACCUUAUAGCUUUUCCAGAAAAACGGCGAGAUAAGGCACAACUAAUCGAAUUAGAUGAACGAGAGUUGAAUCAUUUGGAACAGUGGGAAAGAAAACGAGAUUCUGAUGAAGGAGAUUACGAUUAUGAUAUGGAAGAUCAGUUUUUUGAAAGUGACGAUUCCGACACUUUUGAGGUCCAGGGUGAUCAGCUCGAAAGUGAUGAUGAUGUCCUAGAAUAUUCAAAUUCGGAUCGAUGGAGCGAUCGAGAUAUGUUAGGAAGCUUUGAUGAAGAUGAGGAUGAGAAUGACUCCGAUAUCCAACACGAAUAUAUUUCGCGAAGGAAUUUGGAGAAAGCACGAAUGGAGAGGUUACGACGUGAAAAACAGGAACGUGAUAGGCUAAAAGAGCUUGAAGCUGAACGAAGUCGUAAGACGAGCGCCAAAUCCAAGAAGGAAAAGUCUCGUGAUCGCCGUUGUGGCACGGGAGGAGGAAAUGGUGCGGCUUAUUUGUAA